AUGAGCGCUCGAAUCUGUUUGGCAGUUGCCACUCUCGGCCUGCUGAGUCGUUCUACCUUUGCAGCUCCUUCCUCUUCCACGGGCCAUGAUAUCCUGCCGCCACCACCUAAUCCCGAACCUAUUAAAAUCAUUGAACUCCCUCUACCUCCAGUUGCCCCUACGCGUGAAGAAGGCGCCUGCACGCUGGAUAUCAACCCCCGUCGGACCGGCUGCAUCGCCGUCGACCCAAGCCUCCAGGGUGGGACUUUUCUUCCAGAUGGAAACCAUGUCAUUGCAACUGUGAACUUCACGGGUGCUCCCGCCCCGCCUGAUCCUGCAAGUGUAUACAUGGGCAUGCAGAUGAUAGCCGUCCGGACUAAUGGCACGACCUUCCCCAACGGCGACACCUGGAAAUGCAUCACGUGCGGCGUUCCCGACGAGAACAAGGAGGGAAGCGAGGAGUUGACCGAGUAUCCUCAGGCCUUCAAGGAUGGCCGUCGGGCCAUGGCUGCAAGCAACAUUGUUGACUGUGGCGAUGCGGAACUUACAAGCCCCGAAUGCACGCCGGACAAGGUCCACAUCCACCCGAUCUGGUGGGAAAGCGGCAGCAUUCGCGAGCUUCGCAUCCAUCCUGACAACGUUCAUCUGGGCUUCAGCUCUUUCACUCAGCAGAACGGGGCUCUUGGACAGUAUGCAUAUUUUGGGAGGAUUGUCUUCAACCCAGCUCCAAAGGUUGGUGAGCACCUGAGUCCUCGAUACGAAGUGGUGAAUGUGACCCGGCUCUUCAAUCCCGACGCCCCGCAACCUGUCGAGGUCGAGGGGAAGCGAUUAGUUCUCAACCCUAAUGCUAUUGCCGUUGGCGAGCUUCACCUCACAACAGGCAAGGUGCGCCGCUUGACCCAGCAUCCAGAGUAUGUUGACCCGCUCGACAUUUCACCCGAUGAUCAAUGGGCAGUCAUCUUGGAUACUCGAGGAACUGACCGGCAGAUGUGGCUAUCAGGCAUGCGCGGAAUCCCCCCAGUCACCGAUCUGAUUACGACCAGCCUGACCUCCGCAACGCGAAACAACGGACAGCGCAGAUUCUUUGUCCCCUGGCUCAUCGACUACCACGGCGACCGCGGUUCCUACUUUGGGCAACAGAUCAACGCCGCCGGGGAUGGUACACCUGGCUCCAUCAACGACCCGAACUGGAACGCCCGAGCGGACCCUCGCUGGUCCCCUGAUGGCACUCAGAUCACGUACUACCAGUAUCUCGUCGUCCCACCAGCCUGUGGUGGUCAAAACCCCCUCCCAUGCCCGACAUCCACCGCCCCAGGAGGGCGCAUCAAUCGAUUGAUGCUUGCCACUCUAACCAGUCGCACCCCGCUCGCUCCACAGCCCAUCGCAAACGUACCGGAGUUCAUCCCUUGGGGAGUCCCCGUCAAACCCGGAGACCCCCUGCCUAUCCGUCCCGCGCCCGCUCCAGGUGUCUAUACCCUCAAGGGCAAACGCUCCGGUUCCGCACGCGUGGAGAUCAUCGGCGACGGAACAACAAUCGACACCGUCGCUGUCCGUUACGAUCGGUUCUCAGACGACGGCAUCAACAUACUGCGCGGGUGGGAGAAUGUGACUGUAACACGCCUGUCUUUGAGCACUUCUCGCGCGGAAUGGUACUCAGAUCUGUGGUCGACGGGCGAGACCAGAAGUUCCAAGCGGACCGGCCGUGGAGGGUUCCAUCUGGAGAUCGACUCGCUGGUCAAUAUCUUCAAGGCGAACGGGACGAUGGUCACGACCAUUGAUGGUGUUGUGUACAAGCCUCCAGCCAAUGGGACGUAG